UACACUACUCAUGGUCGCAGCACCCUAUCUCAUCAUCACAGAUACAUUCACAGAUAGUACACAUUUCCUUUCCCUCAAAGAAGGAAAAGAAUUGUACAUACUCACUCACUUUUGUAAGGUUUAGCGAUGGAGUACUCGCCGAAGCUGGCAGUAGUACUGCUCUUAGCUCUCGCGUCCGCCAUGGCGGCCACGGCCCAGAACUCGCCGCAGGACUUCGUGGACCCCCACAACGCGGCGCGCGCCGAUGUGGGCGUCGGGCCGGUGACCUGGGACGACACCGUGGCCGCGUACGCGCAGAACUACGCGGAGCAGCGCCGCGGCGACUGCCAGCUGAUACAUACUCCCGAUGGCCGGCCCUACGGGGAGAACCUCUUCGGAGGCGGUGGGACCCAGUGGACGGCGGCGGACGCCGUGAACUCGUGGGUGUCGGAGAAGCAGUACUACGACCACGGCAGCAACAGCUGCUCCGCCCCGGAGGGCGACUCGUGCGGGCACUACACGCAGGUGGUGUGGCGUGACUCGACGGCCAUCGGCUGCGCCCGCGUCGUCUGCGACAGCGGCGACGGCGUGUUCAUCAUCUGCAGCUACAACCCGCCGGGCAACUACGUGGGGCAGAGCCCAUACGGAGGUUGCCGCCAACACCGCUCGUCGUCCAACUCGCCGCAGGACUUCGUGGACCCCCACAACGCGGCGCGCGCCGACGUCGGCGUCGGGCCGGUGACCUGGGACGACAACGUGGCCGCAUACGCGCAGAACUACGCGGAGCAGCGCCGCGGCGACUGCCAGCUGGUGCAUUCGGGCGGGCAGUACGGGGAGAACAUCUACGGAGGCCGCGGCGGCGGGGCCGACUGGACCGCCGCGGACGCCGUGCAAGCGUGGGUGUCGGAGAAGCAGUACUACGACCACGGCAGCAACAGCUGCUCGGCGCCGGCGGACAAGUCGUGCUUGCACUACACGCAGGUGGUGUGGCGCGACUCGACGGCCAUCGGCUGCGCCCGCGUCGUCUGCGACGGCGGCGACGGCCUGUUCAUCAUCUGCAGCUACAACCCGCCGGGCAACUACGAGGGGGUGAGCCCAUACUAGGCUAUGCAUGCGUGCGUGCAUGUACGUAGCAGCGCAUAUAUUGCAUAAAGAAUAAAGCUGAGAUCACAGUCGUGAUAA